AUGUCUGAGAUUGAAGAUCUGGUGAGGCGCCUUCGCAGCCUGACCGGGUAUGUGGUUGCGACUCCUGCACCGGCUCCAACUUCAGCUAUUGUUGCCCCAGCAGAGAAGCAAGUCGGUGAGGAGAGUCUUCUUAUCCUACAGCAGUCCCUAAGGCGCCACCCUUGCUUUGCAGUCUUUCACCUCUCACGAGCAGAGGUCAAGUGCGAGCUCCUAAAGCAGCUGGAGGAUGCAGUGAAGACACCUCUUGCCAUCGGGGAUGAUGUGCCAGAGGCGGUGACCUGGCGAGUCUUUAUCAACAACGCGGCCGAGAAACUGGAGAUGGAGCGACUCCAUGGUGUCUUCAAGAAUGCACGGCAGCGUAUCCACGGUGCCAAGGACAAGCUCUUUUGCAGACUUGGCAUCGACGACGCUCCUGUACUUGAUCAGGUGGGAAACGGGUAUGCUUGUCCCUGGAACGUGCUCACAAUUCUGGAGAACGGGAUCCUCUUCGGAGAGGGCGACUUUGCAGAGCAGGAAAAGACGCAGUUGGAAGUGCCAAACGCAACGGCGUCUAUCCUGCAGAACACGGGGCGAGUGUACGCCAAUACGUUUGACACAAUGGCAUGGCUGCAUCUCCUUCACCAGAUGAUGUCAUUCCCGGUAUCUUCGGUGCGGACUGUAUGGCACGCAGCACUGUACCACUUUCCCACCGCAGGACCCCUCGUUUGCACGUACGCUCGGCUGGAGAUGGCCGCGCUCGCGAAGAAGACUCGGUUGGUGGCCUGCUGUAGCGAGACGGACACCAAAGACGUCUACGAGGGCUACCUUCGAUUACUGAACGUGUUUUACCGCCAUCUCCCCUUGGCGUUUUCCUGCGAGUUGUACUCGCUCUUCUUUUCUUUCGCAGCGGAGUAUGUGCAGCCAGACAGCGCAUCGCUUGAUUUGCUGUACCGCACCUGCCUGCGCCGCGACGUUGGUAUGUUACCGCAGAGCACAUCGCUAUGGGUGCAGUACCUGAACUGGCGCUCUGCAUCCUUCCGCGAUCACAUGCGCCGCCGUGAGUGGCGCAAGCGGAUGUACAACCGUAUCCUCGCCAUCCCUCUUGUCGGACUCGAUGCCGUGAAGGAUGAGUACGAUAUGUUUGUGGCCACAGAGUACCGCGGGCGGUUGGCCCCGGACGAGAGAAUUGAGCUAGAGAAGCGGCUAGCGCGCGUCAAGACGGAGGCGGACGACCUGUCGCGACUCAUGUACUUUUUCUACCCCACAGAAUGGGCACCGGCGACCUCUACCCACGUGCAGUUUCCCUAUACACUCUAUCUGGCACGCCCCCUCACGAUCGAAAGCCCAACGGCCUCGCUAAGCUUGAGAGAGUCGGUGCUGUCGCGCAUUGAGAUGGACUUGUGGAGCCUAUGGUACACGCUCUUGCAGCGCGUUCACCGGCCGCUAUUCCCUGGUGCUGGCGGAGAAGUUCUGCACUACAGUCGAUGCCGCAGCUUUAUGACCAUGAUGGCUUGCUUCUUUCCGCACCAGGUGACGCUGUGGAUGGAGCUGGUCGACUUUUGCGUUUACCAGCAGCCACUGCUCUCCGACAAAGAGCGCUUUCAGAGCGUCGCGGCAGCGAUUGACUUGGCCAUUUUGUUUUCUCAGCAAGACGUGUGUGUACGACUUUUCGUGGCGCAAGUGUACCAUACUGACCUCGGCGCAACCGAGAUGGCGUUCCGGGAGGUGAAGGAGUCUCUGCUGCAGCUGCACGCGUGGCUGCUACAGUACGUGCGAAGUGACGAGGAGAGGUUUACGGCGAAGGAGGCGCUCGAGAAGCUGCAGCACAUCACUGUGCUGGCAGUGAACUACAUGCGCAUGGGCAAUACGCAGGAGAAGCCUGACCAUCUCCGGUUAGUAGCGCGCUUUGUGAUGCACCACGUCGAGUUUCUCUCGCUUACAAUGGCUGCCCUGCGGAAGCUGCUAAAGUCCGGCGCUGUCGAAACGCCGGCGAUGUUUCUGCAUCCCUUUAACCUCUUCUGCUCCCACUGGAUUUUGCUGGAACUUAUCCGCAAUCGUGCCGCCAGGAGUGCACUCGUCAUUCUCCAGCAGUGGUGCGAGCAUCUCAAGGUAAUGCUGUUCGCAGGCAAGAACAAGGGAUGGAGCUGCGAGGAGUGCGGCGUUGACGAGCUGGUGCUCGACGCCUGCGCCAACCUCCUCACGGCUGACCCGUCGCGUGGCGAGGAGGUGGAGGCGACCCUGGGCGAGCUAGAGGAUGUGGCUAGGAGUGAUGGACUUCAGUCUCGAAACUUCCUCUACGCUUCGCGUCAGCUGCGCCACCGCUUUUUUCUUCCCUGCAGGCUUCUAGCACAAGACGACACAAGUGACAUCAUGCUCACCGCGAAGUUGUUACUUCCGCAUGCGGCUCCGCACCGCUACGACACCAUUCAGUUUUCCUGCCCCUUACCUCAACGCCCGCUGCUUUUGCCGGGUGCCGAGACCGUGACGACGCCAUCAUUGGAGGACACUACCGCAACCCAGGAUGCUCACCGCGACGAGGAGCAAGCUUCUCUUCCUACACCGGCUCAUUCAGCACAUACAUUUCCCGAGGAAACGUUGUGGUCCUCGGUAGUGGGACUCCGCAAUUUUAGCGCACCGGCUCGACCAAGAUUUGACAAAACCCGCAGAGGGCCGUAUCCUUCGCGCUUCUACGACAGGGCGGAUGGUGCCAACAAGGAACUCCCAGCGGUGCCCACAGCUCCCCCAAGUCGACUCGCCAUCGUCUCCGAGGCUGUGCAGCUUCCCACUCUGCUGGACUGCCUCACUUCUGUACGCGCGGGAACGGCAGAGGAGUCAGCUUCAGACGGAAAGUCUGCGACAAAGCUGCCCCCGCUGGAGCAGCUGGAGGAGUUCAUCAGGCAAUUGCCAUCUGUCUACGAGUACAACCCUGAUAUGGAGGAAGACGGGCAGGAUGUGUCCACGGACUGGGUGCUGCUGGCACUACUGAGUUGCGAGUCGUUGUCGUGA